UGGGUAAGUCAUUUGUUUUCAAGAAACAAUACAAUUGUCUCUUGUUCUGUCUGUUAGUUAUGGGAAUGACUAUGGCUCAAUAUUAUGUACGUGCCUGCGGCCCAUGUAGAGAUGGUCCAACUGUUCAUCAGUGUUGCCUAAGACACGGCUAUCACGGAGGAUUUUGUCAAGAUCGUCGAUUUCCUUUAUGUUUUGUAUGA